UCGUUAAUCCAUUUUUCUCUGUCCUAUUUUUUCUCGAUCUUCUCCUCCGCCAACUACAAACUUCUUUCCUUCUGUCUUUCUUUCUAACUUUCUCGGAAAAAAAAAAAAAGAAAGGUUUAUUUUUAUCUUUUUGCUGCAAAUAAACGCGCCAAAUUCUCUCUAGUAUUGAAAAGAAAGACAGGCAAGCAAAACAACCAACAUUUCUAAUCAUAGAAGACUUCUUGUUUUCUUUUCUUUUCUAUUCUUUUCUUCCGAGGAUUGCAUAACAAAACAAGGUUAGCAACCUUGUGAAGCUUUCAAAGCUCAAUAUUGAAACUACUAUUUCUUCAUCAGAUUACUGGUGUUGAGUUUUGCUAUUAAAUAUUGAUAAUCAUGGCUGAGGCAAGCGUUGAAAUCCCAAUAAUCCCAGAAAAUAUUGAGCCUGAAACUGUUGGUGUCAAAAGGAAUGCCACUGAAAAAAUAAGUCCACUAAACGGCGGAGCAAAGGUUCUUUCUCGCUAUCUUAGAGCUUCCCCAGGUUCCUGCCAUGAUUAUUGCAAGUAUGGAAGAAAACAUGGAUUUGAUGCAAAGGAAAGGAUUCCAUUACGGAAAUGGAUCAAAGCACGAAAAGUUGAAGGCCAGGGUCUCGAAAUGACUGUUUCUUCAGCUGACAGGAAGAUGAAAUUUGUGAUAAGCCCUAAGCCUUGUCAAGAUUCUGAAACCAAGAAACAUGAUAAUCUGGAUGCCAACAAGAGAGAAGUUUCCUCAUCCUUGAAUAAAGAAACCGCCUCUUCAGUUUCACAAGAAGAUUUAUCUGCCCUCGAAGGAAUAGUAGAUGUUUCUAGGGAAGAAGAUCCUGACAGUUCGAAUUCGAAGCUGGAGCAAUCAAAGCCAUCUUCUCUUCCAAGUGCAGCAUAUGUUGAAACCAAAAAAGGCAAGGAAUCACAAGAAAGUUCAACCAGUAGAAAAACAAGCAAAAUCAGAAGCAAAGAAACAACGAAAUUGGUAUUGGGAGAGAGAAAGGUUUUGGUUCCUCCUUCCAUUCCCUUGUCCCCCAAGCGUUCUCUUAGGAGAGUUUCUGAUAUCACUACUCGAAACUCUCAAAACCUUAAAGGGGAGUCUCAUCUGAAGAGCCAAAACAAGGUUAAAAAUAGUAUAAAACCUGAGCAUACAAGCAAUGAGGACGUUCCAGAAAAGACUUUGUAUGUCAUUGAAUCAACUAUUGAGAACAGAACUUCGGAACCAACUCAAGAGGAUGUUAAUACCACUCAAUUGUCUCAAUCCUCUACUAGUACUACUCACUCACCUCCAUCCUCUCGGAAGAACUCAAGAUCCAAUGUAUCCGGAAGUCAUGCCUCCCGGUCAACCCCCUUUCCUUCACUUGGGAAGAAAGGCCUCAGACGUACAAAACAUGAAACUCGAAGUACAGAACCACCUUUGGCUUCAUUGCAAUCAUCGUCAUCAUCCAUAUCUCCGUCAGAGUGCCUUGAUGGCAAAGAAAAUGGUCUUGGUGGCACGUCUCUGCAGCAGACAGAGGUAAUUGAGAAGAAGAAGAAGAUGGUCAAUUCGAAAGUGGAUCAAAAGAUGAUAGCCAAUGUGAAAGUGGAACGCAGGAACUGCGCUCGAAAGGUUGGAAUAGUCGUCUCAGACAGUAAGAGCUCCGCUGCCCAGAAGCUGAAAUUCAGGAGAGGAACAAUACUUGACCUUAAACCUGCGGACAGUACUCCUAGGAGACUCAAAUUCAGGCGAGUGAAAUAUCUCGGGGAGAUCCAAAAUGGUAAAGAAGAUAUCAAAAAGGCAAGCGUUAAAAGCAAUGAAGCUGCUGUUGCCGAAUCUGCUGAUUUUGGCACUAAAACCAAACCGGAGAAAGUUGUUUCAAGAAACCAAAAUGCUGAUAGUUCUAGUAGUACUAUUGCAAGGAGAAGCUGGAGGAGGAAGGGCACUGGUGAAGGCGAGGCGAUUAAUACCAUUACCAAGACAAGCUCGGAGAAAGUUAUCUCGAGACGUCAAAACGCAGAAGUUGCCACCAGAAGAAGCUUUAGGAUGAGGGAAGUUAUUCGUGGCGAGUUGAGUGGUGCUAGUAAAACGAAUUCGGAGAAAGUCGUUCUGAGACACCGGAAUGUGGCGGGAAAGAAAGAAGUGCGGAGUUUGUUCAAUAAUGUGAUUGAAGAGACCGCAAGUAAGCUUGUGGUGACUAGGAAGAGCAAGGUCAAGGCUUUGGUUGGUGCUUUCGAAACCGUGAUCUCUCUUCAGGACGCUAAACCCGCGGCCACAGCUGGAGGUGCAUCUUGAUUGUUGAGUUUCAAGAGGUUUGUUUGUUUGUUUGCUUCUUAUUUAUUGAACUUGUAAUUACUCUGUACAUAAGAAAAAAAAAAGCAAAGAAGAAAUUAAAACAAUAGUAUUGG